GAGCUCAAUUACAUGAGUUACAUGCCACUGCGAGUGCUGACAAUCGAUCUGAAGCAUCGCGAUUCGCCACGUUUGGCAGAAAUACUUACAAAGUGGAUGUGGACGCGCCAUAUGUCUUUUUGUAUUUGGAUAUUCCUGCCUACUGAUGCCAGCCGCUUACCGAUUUCUGAAAUAAGCCAGGACAAGCGUGAUACCUGGGGAGUGUGGGCCGAUUUUCGUACUCUUUGCUCCAAUUAUCCACCUCAAAAGCUCAGCGUCGGAUUGCGAAUCUGCCCUGAUUUAGCCGAUGAAUUCGUGGAACCUCGACUCUACAAACGUUGGCAUUCCGAGCCGCUGAGCUCAUUGUGCAUUGAAACAUCGAUUUUCACAUGCUAUGGCAAGAACAAUCAAUGCACACUUUCACCAAAAGCAGUGAUUUUAGCAGAAGACGUUCAUAUUUAA